AUGGCGUCGAUAUCAACUCGACGUCAUUCUGUGGCCAAUCAUACCGGUUCACCUCUACGAUCAUUAAAACCAUCUAAAUCACAAUCAUUACGACAAUUCACAGAACGACACGCUACCGAAUUCGCUCAUUUACAUGAACAUGAAGAUGAAUCUGCAAGAGAGAUACGAUUAGCCAUGGAAGCUGCUUCUUUGGAACAUGCUAGGAAAGUUGGUAGAGAGAAACGUAGGAGUAUGGCUUCCAUGUCGAUCUCUUUUUCAAACACAAAUGACAACUCCCUCUUGUCCGAAACAGUCUCUUUGGGUCAAGCCGAUGGGAAAGAAAAUCGACCAGGUUCACCAGAUGAACAAGAACGUCAACGUAUACUUCGAGCUGCUUGUAAACCACUUGGCUUGGUAGAACGUAGACAUUCGAAAUCUGCUUCACUCACUUCUAUCCCUACACCACUUCCCAUGUUCACCACUCCAAUCUCCAACGUAAUUCCUCGGAAACCUCGACCGAUGAGUAUUGCCACUCGACCGACUUCCAUACGUGUCUCUUUAUUCUCCCCACCUACCAAUCAACGAGCUGUAUCCGAUCCACCUCCGAUCCGUCAAGCCAACUCUGGUCUGUCGGUCUUAAUCGAAUGCGCUUCCAACACCUCCCUCUCCUCUUCAUGUCGUGGAAGUGUGGAAGAUCUAGUGGAAAGUCCUACGGAUUAUCCGACUCCCGCAGGGACACCAGAAGGCAAUCGAUCUGAGAACCCUUCGACUUAUAGUUGGGCCACCGAAUUUUCAGGUGAAACCUCUGAUCUUCGUACGACUGCUCAAUAUAUCCGUAAAUCCCUUGACCUCCCUCCGGAGCAAGAACCGACUCCUACUAAGAUCGAAACGAGAAGGAAACGUAUCGUCGCUCUCGCUCAUACUGUUCGUCAACUCGAAGGUGUUGGUUCACGUGAUGUCGAAGAUCCAGAGUUAUACGAUAAACUCGAGAAAGCAUGGAACAAUUCUGUUGUGGGAAACACCGAUUCUAUUUCCAUCAUCGACUCGACGGGACAGAGUGUAGGUACCAGUGAAGGUGGAAUCCCAGAAACACCUUUCACACCUUUUACUCCUCUUCAACAGAUCCAGCAUAAAAAUACCGUUCAACAUGCCAGUUGGCUACAUGAUGCUCCCCCGACAUUCGAGAUGACUCCUCGGGAAGAAGAAGAAGCAGGAACAGCCUCCAUAUCCAGUCAUCAAAAUUCCGACGCUGCAUCUCGCGUGACCGGUGCUAGUCGAUAUUCUUUUGCCAGUACAUUACAUGAUCUCGCUAUGGACGGAGGGAUUCAAUUAGGGAACAGAUUGAUGACUGAAAAAGCAUGGAUGAGAAUGGACGAAGAAAGUAGACCUUUGGAACAAAUCACCCUUCCUUCCGAUUCGACCAUCGGUGGACCUUACACCCCUCAAACACCUGUAUUUCCAGCUGGCAUUCGAUCUGGAAAGGAACAUGAAGUGUAUAACCAAGAGAUUGAAGUACAUGAGGCUUCUGUCGUGACGAGUGGGAAGACUCUUCGAAAAGCCAAAGGGACAGUAGGUCGAUCUACACCUGAUAGAACGACGGAACAAGUCUCGUCAGGUUGGGGUUUAUUCGGUGGUUGGUGGAGAUCAGCUCCUAGUAAACUCAAAGAUGAAGAGGAAACACAAGAGGGUUUUCACAAUGGGGGGGAAGGGAUUUUCACCAGGAGAUUGGAACCAGCGGCGAUAAUACAAAACCGCUCCUCCCGGCCGUCAUCAUCGAUACUAGAGUCACCAACUUUGAGUAUGGAAGAGAAAAGGGAAGAAGAAGAAAUACAAGAAGACGAAGAAGAAGUUUUAACGGAAGAAACGAGACAAUCUCUUUCCUUGAACCUUUACAGGAAUACUUGGGAAAAGAAACAAAUUCAAAUGAAGAACGAUUUCCCAACUCAUCCUCUUCCCAUUUCUCCACCUUACACUCCACCUACCAGAGUGACGAGUUCAUUAAAGAAUCAAAAGAAUUUGGAAAAAGAAGAAAAGAAAAAUCCAAAAGAAUUUCAAAACUUGAUCCACUCCCAACAGAACUCGUCAAUGAAUUUAUCGACCACUCUUCUCCCCCAAAACAUCGAAUUUCGACAAUGUCCACCAUCUCCGAUAUCUCUACCAUCACCAUCAACUCCGAACAAUCUUCCCAAUCCUACUGUCAUGGUGAAUCAGGAGAAUCAAGAGAUUGGAGAUUAUCAACAUCAAGUGGUUCAAGUGGAAAUAGUACAAACCAAAGAGGUUUACUCGGAUUCAUCGGUAAUUUACUCUUACCCAUACCUAUCCCAAAUAAAACCACAAGAUAUUCCACUUCCUCCAAGUCCGAUGGAAAAACCGACGGAAUUACCUUACAUGUCAGAGACAUCACAUCUUCCAAUUCUCACAAUGAUACCUGCCAGUCCUCCUCAGAAUGUGAACAAUCGAUUACCUUCGAGAAUGUCAUCCCUACCUUCCAUCCCCUUUCCAAUACCAUUCCAAUACUCAGCACCUCCAGCAAUCACAAUCACCUCGGAGACGACUUCGUUCGGAAACUUGAUACGUCCCCUGUCGAUAGCUUCCACCUUCACAGAGGAAUCAGUGGGAGAGGAAGAGACGGAGGAGUCGAUGGAGAUGAUUAUGACUGGUCAGGAAGAAGACAAAGUCAUAUCGGAUCAAAGUAUGGAGAUGAGUAUGAUCAAUCCCGCCAAUCCAAUGGAUUCAAUGGGACCCGUGGGGAAGAUGGAGAAGGAGAAAAUGAAAGGAAUGGACAAGACAAACUCCGCCCGUUGCUCCUCCCUCGCUUGGUCAGAUAUUCAGCCCUCCAACAUCUCCGCCACAAUCGUCGGUAAAGUCAUGACUAAGACUGGGAAGAAGAAAGGGAAAGGAAAAGGUGAGGUAGUCCGUGCGACUUUGAUCUUUCCCGACCCGGCAAGAUAUUCUUCCUAUUCAGCAUUAGCGUUGGAUUCUCCACCUUUGACUCCUGAGGGGCAGAACGAUGAGUCGGAAUAUGCCGCAGUGGAGACUGAGUCUCCUGAGGGGUCGUUGAGAUCAGAGGAAGAGACGCCAGACAGAUCACCAAGCCGCGCAAGCAAAUUAGAAACCCGCGUUUCUCAACUACCUCCCCAAGAUAAAUCCCUCCUGACCGUUCCAAAACGUACUAGACCAAUGACAUCCGCCACAUUACUUUCCAUCACAUCCGAUCGAUCUCCUUCUCCCUCUCCUCAUCUCAACAUGUCAGAAACCGAAAAGAAACCCAUUUAUCCCAAAGUUUUAUUCUGGAUAGGAUUCAUAAUCCCCUUCGUAUGGAUCUGGGCGGCGUGGGUUAUAUAUCCUGAAAAAGUUAAUGAUAUCGAAGCUACAGCCAACGGAACAAGAGCAACUAUUCAUAUUGGUGACUCACCCCUAGAUGGGAGGAUAUCAAGAAUAUCAAAGAUUGAACAUGGUCUUACGAGAAGGGAAAAAUUAAUGAGAAGAUAUAAAGAGAAACAAAAGAGAAGAUGGGGUAAAUUUUGGCAUGAAGAUAAAUGGGUCAGAAGAUCAAGAGUUGCAAGUGUGGUGGGAAGUUUAGGUUGGGUGAUUAUAGUCGUGGCUGUUUUAGUUUCGAUUCGAUAA